AUGAUGUCUAUCAAAAACAUGUGUUUAUCUAAAUUAUUAUAUGUUACAUUUUAAAAAAGCUGAAUUAUGCAUUAAAUUUUGCAACAGAUUCCUACGCAGUGAUUCUAAUAAAGGACUAAUAAAAUUGAAAUGCCUAGAUAAACAUGAAGGAUUAAUAAGUGGGUUACCAAAACAUCUUAAUGCCCCAUCUAAAUUUCGAAACUUAGUUAAACCUUUUGGAUUUUUCUUGCUAGUAACUGGCACAUCCGUGACGGCCUGUGGUAUUUGGCAAUAUGAAAACAUACGUAAGCUUACUAAAGCGGAUUUUAAUUCUGCUUUAAAUAUGAAAAUACCAAAAUUUGGAUCUGUUCGAAAAAAAAUAUCAGAUCACUGGAUUAAUAAUUUAAAUGAAGGUCAAAAAUUGAUUGCCUUAAUUAUUGGUAUGAAUGUAGCUGUGUUUAUAAUGUGGAAAAUAUCAAAAUUUCAACCUUUUUUAAUGAACUUCUUUGCCUCACACCCUAAUUCUAAACAUUCAUGCUUAUCCAUGCUAUUAUCUUCAUUUAGUCAGUAUAAUACUUGGCACCUUACAUUUAAUAUGAUAGCCUUAUGGUCAUUUGGCACACCUGCUUUACAAAUUUUAGGAAAAGAACAAUUUUUAGCAUUUUAUUUGAUGGCAGGGACCUUUUCAUCUUUAAUAAGCUAUGUUCUUAAAAUUGCCUUGCAAUCAAAUGCCUUUUCUAUGGGGGCUUCUGGAGCAAUUAUGGCCUUAGUGAGUUGUGUAUGCAUCCAAUAUCCAAAUGCACAAUUGUCUUUAAUUAUACUACCAUGGAUUAAUUUCUCAGCCCUAACAGCACUUAAAGGAUUGUUAAUAUUUGACUCACUCGGUAUUUUAAUGAGAUGGAAAUUAUUUGAUCAUGCAGCACAUUUGGGAGGAAUGUUAUUUGGAAUAUGGUAUUGGAAAUAUGGUGAUGAAUAUAUCUGGAGCAAGAGAGAAAAAAUAAUAUCUUAUUGGCAUGAAUUUAGAAAAUCAAGAAAUUAAAAAUUUAUAGUUAUUAAUAGAAAAUUUUAAACAUAUUUUAUUAUAAUCAUAAGCAUUGUUCUGGGGGUGAGGUCUGUUGUAAAAACUUGAAGAGUCUCCUAAAAAAUUAAAAUUAUUUUUAGAUAUGGAUUUUCGCUUUUAAAACUAAUUUUAGAUAUAUUUUCCUUUGUUAAUUUUGAAAAUGACAUUAAACCCUAUCAGGUUGUAAAAGCUGAUUCAAUAUAUGCAAUUUAGAUUAUUUAUUGGAGUGAAUGGUUAAUAAAUUUCAAUUGUAAAACCUUCAAUGAUAUGAUGAAAUAUUUAUAUUUUUCUUGAAUUAUGAAAUAUAAAUUAAUUUCCGAGCUAUUACCAUGACCAAAUUAAAUUUUGGAGAGAGAAUCGAACUAUAAGGUGCAGCCUGGAGAUGCUUGGACUUAUUAGUAAAGUUUAGAGGCCUCAUUUUUUAUAAGGAACCUUGCCUCCAUAACCCUAUUCCACUUAGUCUGGUCUUAGGCCAGGUCUUUUUUAAAGGUAAAGUCUUGUAUUUCAAUUUGUGUUAACAAUUCUUUUGCAACGGACAUAAAUAUAAAUGCCUCUAAUCCAAUUUCUCUUGUCUGAUCUGAUAUUUGCCCUUACUAUUUUUUUAUAAUUUACUAAACGUUUUUCACAAUUCACUUGAGUGAAUGAUAAUUUUAAAAUAUAUUCGUAUGCAAAUUUGGGCAUGCACAGACCGAAAAAGUGUCUUAGCGUUUUCCAAAAAUAUCGAAUCGAUAUUAAGGGGGAAAAAUAAUCAAGUUCACAAACUCUUUUCCGAAGGACAAAUCCCUUUACAUUAUAUAUACAUUGUUAGCCAUAACCUCAAUUUUGUACUAGGAAAAACAUUUUCAGCUUCUUCAAGUAACUUUUUAUUUGCAUUUUACAAACUAUUCAAAAUUUCUGUUCCUCGUCAGUAAUUCAUUACGAUGGAUGAUAGAAAUUGAAAAAUUUUGAGAAUUGAUCACUAGAUGAAGCUGUAAAGUAAAAUACCAUCAAGGCAAUUGAAUAUAGCUUUGUAGCUAUUAUAUAUUAUUUCAAAGAUAACCAAAUAUAAAAA